AUGGGCGCCCGCGGGGCGGCAGCCAAUGGGGACGCGGCAGAGGACGGGUUGCCGGGAGGAAGCGCCUUGCGGCCGCGGGCAGACCCAGCGCAGACACGGGGCACCCCCCCCGACGGACCCCAGGACGCCCCUCUGCACACAGGGACCCCGGGACCCCCCGACGGACCCCAGGACGCCCCUCUGGACACAGGGACCCCGGGACCCCCCCGACAGACCCCAGGACGCCCCUCUGGACACAGGGACCCCGGGACCCCCCCGACGGACCCCAGGACGCCCCUCUGGACACAGGGACCCCGGGACCCCCCCGACAGACCCCAGGACGCCCCUCUAAACACAGGGACCCCGGGACCCCCCGACGGACGCCAGGACGCCCCUCUGCACACAGGGACCCCGGGACCCCCCCGACGGACCCCGGGACGCCCCUCUGGACACAGGGAUCCCGGGACCCCCACGACGGACCCCAGGACGCCCCUCUGGACACAGGGACCCCGGGACCCCCCCGACGGACCCCAGGACGCCCCUCUGGACACAGGGACCCCGGGACCCCCCCGACGGACCCCAGGACGCCCCUCUGGACACAGGGACCCCGGGACCCCCCCGACGGACCCCAGGACGCCCCUCUGGACACAGGGACCCCGGGACCCCCCCGACAGACCCCAGGACGCCCCUCUGGACACAGGGACCCCGGGACCCCCCGACAGACCCCAGGACGCCCCUCUGGACACAGGGACCCCGGGACCCCCCCGACGGACCCCGGGACGCCCCUCUGGACACAGGGACCCCGGGACCCCCCCGAUGGACCCCGGGACGCCCCUCUGGACACAGGGACCCUGGGACCCCCUGACGGACCCAGGGAUGCCCCUCUGGACACAGGGAGUCCAGGACCCCCGACGGACCCCGGGACGCCCCUAUGGAUGA